UUCGUAAUAAAAUUUUAGAUCUGAAAUCUAAUAAUGAUUUGGCUGAUGAUUAUAAACCUAUUAUAAGUGAUAGGCUUUUGGAGCUUCUUGGAUUAGAUAAAAAAUCCGAGGAAAAUGUCGAAAAAGAAUUCACUUUAAAUUUAUGCAAAGAUACUUUGAAUUUAUGUAAAGAUAUUUUAAGUUUAUGCAAAGAUAAUUCUUUUAAUGGUAUUGAUAAAAAAAAGGCUUCAGAAUUAACAGAAUCUAUUGAAAAAAGAUGUGAACAAG